UGUGGACGUGUCAUUCGUAGAUGGUUCGGUGGCUGCGUUGCGCAGGUUCAUUAUUAUAAUAGUCUGGUUGGAGAGCUUAUAUUGAACAAAAGUUGAAUGGUUUUAAUCGAUUUGAACAGUGUAUAUUUUAGUUAGUAUAUUAAAAACACAAUAAAUCAAAAUGGGGAUAAAAUUCCUUGAAGUUAUAAAACCGUUUUGCAGUAUAUUGCCAGAAAUAGCGAAACCUGAGAGAAAGAUACAAUUUAGAGAAAAAGUGCUAUGGACAGCUAUCACUCUAUUUAUCUUCUUAGUAUGUUGCCAGAUUCCAUUGUUUGGAAUCAUGUCCUCAGACAGUGCAGAUCCCUUUUACUGGAUAAGAGUCAUUCUGGCUUCGAACCGAGGAACUCUGAUGGAGCUUGGAAUCUCACCAAUUGUCACAUCUGGUCUAAUAAUGCAACUGUUAGCAGGAGCUAAGAUUAUUGAAGUUGGAGAUACACCCAAGGAUAGAGCCUUGUUCAAUGGAGCUCAAAAGUUGUUUGGCAUGGUGAUCACAAUUGGACAGGCAAUAGUGUACGUGAUGACCGGAAUGUAUGGAGAACCAAGUGAGAUAGGAGCCGGCGUCUGUUUGCUCAUCAUCAUUCAAUUGUUUGUGGCCGGUCUCAUUGUAUUGUUACUUGAUGAGUUGUUACAAAAAGGAUAUGGUUUGGGCUCCGGUAUCUCACUGUUCAUUGCUACAAACAUUUGUGAAACUAUUGUGUGGAAAGCAUUCUCGCCAGCCACAGUUAACACUGGCCGAGGUACAGAAUUUGAAGGUGCGGUGAUAGCCUUGUUCCAUCUGCUAGCAACCAGACCUGAUAAAGUGAGAGCUCUUCGCGAAGCAUUCUACCGACAGAACCUACCUAACCUCAUGAAUCUGCUGGCUACUGUGCUAGUCUUUGCUAUAGUUAUAUACUUCCAGGGCUUCCGAGUAGAUCUACCAAUAAAGUCAGCUCGCUACAGAGGCCAGUACUCUUCAUACCCAAUCAAGUUGUUCUACACUUCUAAUAUACCCAUCAUUCUUCAAUCCGCACUCGUCUCCAAUCUUUAUGUCAUAUCUCAGAUGCUGGCGGUCAAGUUCAGCGGCAACCUGUUCGUGAACCUGCUGGGGACGUGGGCCGACGUGGGAGGUGGUGGGCCUGCGCGGGCCUACCCUGUGGGUGGCCUGUGCUACUACUUCAGUCCGCCCGAGUCGCUCGCGCACAUCGCUCACGACCCGCUGCACGCGCUGCUCUACGUCGUCUUCAUGCUGGGCUCCUGCGCCUUCUUCUCUAAGACCUGGAUCGAUGUCUCCGGCUCCUCGGCCAAAGACGUUGCAAAGCAGCUCAAGGAGCAGCAGAUGGUGAUGCGUGGACACAGAGACAACUCCAUGAUCCACGAGCUGAACCGCUACAUCCCGACUGCAGCCGCUUUCGGUGGACUCUGCAUCGGAGCUCUCUCAGUGCUCGCUGACUUCCUCGGAGCUAUCGGCUCGGGCACGGGUAUCCUGCUAGCUGUCACCAUCAUCUACCAGUACUUCGAGAUCUUCGUAAAGGAACAAGCUGAGAUGGGCGGCGUGAGCACACUCUUGUUCUAAGAACUUACUAAGUUUUGCUGUGAUACACGCGUUUGUUCGUAACUACGGAUUUAAACAUUUCUAAAGUUUCUAUAGAUUAUUUAAAUAAGCGAUUGUGUCAUAGCAAACCCUGGAGCGAGAGAAGCGAUGUGCGAAUUACUCUAGGUCUAAUGUGUUGUGUGUGCGGCGACGUGUGGGUUAUGUGCUAUUUAUAUCAGAUGGACUUUAUAAUAAAUGGUUUACAAGUA